GGUAACACUUUUUUUUAUUGUUUACCUGUAUUAGUGUAUUCGAAAAUGGCUUCUCAGGCUUUGUUGUUUUCAAGUAUUUCCUGUUUAUUUUUCCUAGCGAAAGGAGAUUUUGUUAUACAGAGUGAUAAGCAGUGUGGGUCUUACUUUAAACCUGUUGAAGAAAGAGUUUUGGAUUUGGAUGAGUUUGAUGUCUUCUCCCACAGUGGACGUCAGUACUAUGCUCCAGGCAUGGAUUGUAUACUGACUAUUAUUGGAAAGACUUACAAUCAAUGGGAGAUCACUGUGACUCAACUAAAUAUUGAUAAGUACAAAGACACAUGCAGAGAACAAAGAGCACCUUGCUGUAAUGACUUUUUGAAAAUAUUUAACAGUUAUCGUGUGGACAAUGCCAGAUUGUUUCCAUCCAUACCUUGGAGAGGUCUAUGUGGAACAGAACUACCUAGGCAAUCAACAUACACAUCUACUCAAAACUACAUUACCAUUCAAUUCAAUGCCAAUCCAGUCGAUGAUUAUAUGACAGGAUUUGUUUUACACCUUCGUCAGUAUCCAAGACGAAGUUCAGGAAGUGAUUUUUCUCAAACUGGUUAUAUUGGAGGCUGGAAUGAUGGCAGCCUUCUAGAACUACAGAUAGACUGGUCUAAUCAAGAACAAGUGCCUGGUGAUUAUAAACCUGGUCAGGAUCCAACAUUUGAGUAUGAUCCCAAAGGCAUUGCUUGCUAUGAAUGUAUUGGCUGUAAGAGGGAUUAUUUUAGAACUUCAGACAUUGGAGUUGCUCUCAGAAGUGGAUGUUACGUUUGCACUAAAGAGUGGUUGCAAGGUAAUGCUCAAGCCACAAGACAAUGUCUUUCAAAAAACACUUAUCUAGAAAAAUUGAGAACUCUUAUGGAUACUUCUGGUGGGAACUCUGUCAGUGACUUCAGAGGAUGCAAGACUUUCUUGAGAGGUGUGCAAGGCUCUACAUACAUCAGUGUGUGCGUCUGUGACACAGGCAAAUGCAACAAAGGACUAACAUUGAAAUCAAACCCUUUAACUUUAAUGAUGCUUCCUUUGGUUGCACUAUUUAUAGCUGUAAAAUACUUUUCUUAAUAUGACAUAGCAAUUAUAGGCUAUUCGUUUAUUGAGAUAUGUUCUCAUUUGAAAUUAAACUGAGUGUAUGGGUUUGCAUGCAUUGCUAUUGUUUUUUUUUAAUCACUUGCAAUUAACUUUAACAAGUAGUCUAUGUAUUAUUAUGUCUUUGAAUGUUGUAAUACACUGGUGGAGAAGAAUUUAUCAACCAUGUGCCAAAGUAGAAUUACUGUGUGAAUAUUUAUUACUACUCUUGUAAUGUUGUUAGAUCUACAUCCAGAACAAAAAAUCCACAUUUUUUACCCAUCACUAUGGUGUACAUGGUAAAGGUUGCCACUAUGGUGUACAUGGUAAAGGUUGCUUAAAAUAUCUUAUUUUACUCAAAAGUGUCCACUAAUGCGUAUCUGCCUUGUGCACUGCUGUAGAAAAUACUGUAUAUACUUUUGUUCAAAACUGUAAAUAUAUAUAUAUAUAUUUGUAAGUCAGUUACUGAAUCAUUCUAAUCAUAUGUGUUAAUUAAUGCUUAGUCUCAGAAGGUUGUGCUAGUGCUGACUGAUGGUUCAAUAAGUAACACAGAAUUGAUUAUUUUCUAUAUGGCACAGUACAUAAUAAUUGAUUCACAAAUGCUAUAUAAUUAAAUGAAGCAAAACAUACUAGAGGGGAAAAAAAACUUGGAUAGCACAAUUUUAGGGUCAUGAUGUUUGUUUUGUAAAAUUUGUAUUGUGAUUGAGUGGUUAGAUGACUGAAACUUGAAUCCUGUUGAAGGGUGGAAUUUUUAUUUCUGUACUCUAAUGAUUAUCUGACUUUCAAUGUUGAUUCCUGAUCAGCAUUUCUCUCAACUCAAAAUUGGUUUUGUAGUUUAUAUCAAUGAUCAGCAUUUCUCUCAACUCAAAAUUGGUUUUGUGGUUUAUAUCAGUGAGGAAUUGUAAAAUGGUUGUUGCUACCAAUGUGGCAAAAUAAAGUUGCAGCUUAAUUACAGUGACUACCAUUUCAUUUGUAAAAAUUGUUUUGAUAUCACAAAAUAUAGUUUCUAUUAUACUUUUUGCUGUUGUUUUUUAACCAUUCCUCAACUUUUGGCUACAUGACAAUUUUUAACACAUCCCUAACUAGAUUACAAAAUUGUACUAUAAGAAAAAAAUAACUAUUUAUUUUUAAUUAGAGAUAUGGCACUCAAGGUUUAAAAAAAAAAAAUAGUGAUAACAAAACUGGGGUAUUGUGACAUAAUGGUCCAUGGAACAUGUGAUAUUAAGUUGACCAGUAUAGGAGGUGUCAUAUAAGCAGCAUAAUGUCCAAUCACCUUUAAGAAUUUUAAAGAAAAACAAUUCAAUCCUAUUUAUUUUAUUUUACAACUUGUAUCUCUAUAACUAAAGGUAUUUAUAUGUAGAAAAAAAUUUUUAUUUUCCUCUGUAAUAUAAGUUUAUUAGAAACAUUCCAUUGCAAACUUUUUGCAUCUUGCUGUGUAUAUAUUUGUAAAUAUUUUCAAAUACAAUUAAUGUACACAGGUCAGAUAUGCUACUAGUGUAUGAGUUGUUUGACCAUAUGAAAAUGAUAUGUACAUGUCGUAUAUACCAUCAGUAGCAACAUCGAAUUCGCCUUGUCCAUUUUAUGUACAAAAGUGUGUUUUUUUUGGCAAAGUUUGGAAAAGUCAAUGAAUCUUCUUUUUUUUUUUUUUUUGGAAGGGGUAUUUCUAAAGGUGUUUAAAUAUUUACAAAGAAAUAUAAUAUACAUCCAAAAUUUGAACUAUUUAGUUAUACAUUAAAAUGGCUAGACAAUUAUUAGCCUUUAAUUUUUGUUCCCCUUUGUUUCAUAUACGCGUAUUAUUUUUGUUUGUUCUCUCCCUCAUCCCAUAUUCAAACAAUAUAUGUUGGAGCUGGCAGCUAUUUAACUCUUUAUCAGUCUAUUGUUUUGCUUGAGAUUUUUACAAAGCUUAUAUAACUCACUCUGUUUGGUAAGAAGUUUGUAGGCCUACACAUAAUUUCUCCCACGCCCAAUCUCUGAUUAAGCUACAAUUUUGUAAAUUAUUUUUUUUACCUGACACAAAAAUCAAUUUAAAAAAAUAAACCAAAAAAAAAUUAAAUAUUGAUAAUUAUUUAUUUUCUUUGGUAUCUAGAACAAGGGAAAGAAAUCCUACUUGACAGAUGUGGUGGUAUAAGUUGAAUAAGUCCCCUUGAGGUGACUUGAGCCUUGAGUUUACAUUUUUUUCAUGCAUUUGAAAAAAAUGACUAUUAAACAUUCACCAAGAUACCGGCCUUCUUCCCUCCCCCUUUCAUAACUGGUCCAGACAAUUGAUAGGGUCAGAGCAUAUUGAGAAAGCUGCAAGCUAAAAAAAAACAAUUGGUACAAAUAUUUUUAAUCGCACAGAUUUAUUACGUCUAGGUCAAUCAUGCAUAUAAUUAGAUAACUGGACCAAACUAAUUGAUACAAUUACACUUAAAUAAGCUUUGGUUUUUUUUUAAAGUAUUUUUUAAAAUGUUUUUCUUAUUUGUUGCUGUUUCAAGAGUUAGCAGCAGACUAAGGUAAUUGAAAAUAUUGCAAACUCAUGCUUAUCUUACAGGUGAAGUCUCUUAAUUUAGAAACAUUUCACAACAAAAGAUAAAAUUACAAGUUAUGCUAGACACUUUGAAAACUCAAAUAUAUAUAUCUAUAUAUUUAUACACAGUGCUUUUUGUAAACAAAUAGGUGCCGGUACUCAGUGAUCAAUUGCCUAACUUGUAACUACUAAUAUAUUAAUAAUAAACGUUAAAAUACAAGAAAAGUAAUAUUUUUUCCCCACAUUGAAAAAGGUGUCUACGCACUGUCACAAAAAAAGCCAUAUAUAUAUGUCUCAUACAAUAUAAUUGAUUAAUUUACAAUAUUUAUAACUCAAAUCAACAUAAGUGACUAGAUUUGUCAACAAAUUUGUAGGAGAUUAUUAUAGGCUUCUUUGAUAAAAGAGACAUUUAUUAAAUACUUCUAUUUGGGGAUGCUGUAGUGUGAUUAGAGAAAGUAAAAGUUUUCACAUAAAAAAAUUGAAUGUUCAUACAAUGCAAUUAUCAUAAAAUUGGAAAUAUCUGUAUGCCAGAUUUAAAACAUGUAAAUGACAUGUAUAAUAUAAAGUGCAGCUAUUUUAUGUUAAUUUUUUGUAACUGAAAUGUAUUGAAGUAUUUGUAGCAAUUGUAAAUCGAGAAUAAUUUUUUUUUUUAAAUAAUAAACUUCAACUUAAUGAAAUUCA